CCAAAAGCAACCAAGUGGCUGUAGAAACCGGCAGAAUGACUUGAAUGGCUCCUCCCGAUAAACUUGGCAAUUUUAGAACAAUGACAUCAGUGCACUUCUAUGUCCAGGGCUAAUGGCGCAGAUUAUUCCAAGGUUCUACGGACCCUCAGUGGAAAAUCUUCGGUGGGCAAUGUGAGGACACCUGAUGAACGGUUCAGCGUGUGCACCUUAGCAGCCGGAAUUUGCGCUGUAAAUUCCACCGCCUGAGGACAACCACAGAGAUUUAAAAAAUAGAUGUUUUCGCUUUAUCCAUUUCCAUCAAGAAUUGGAAAUGAUAACAGUCCAAAAGACUUUGGAAAAACAAUCCAUGGGUGACCACUGACCUAUAGUGUGGAUCCUAUUCCUAGGACAGAGUUUGCCCAGCACAGGGGGAGAGCUGGCCCUGUCUGGGGAAGAUGGAGAUGGAGAGGUACCUUGGGGACAGCUCCACAGGGCCCAAUAUCACCAACAGCACAGGAGCCCCAGCCAGCGCUCUCCCUGUGGUGGUGUUCACAGAUAGGAUGGUGGUGCUGGUGGUUAUUCUUGGGCUACUCACCCUCCUCACCAUGCUAGCCAACAGUGCUGUCAUCACAGCCAUCUGCACCACCAAGAAGCUCCACCUGCCUGCCAACUACCUCAUCUGCUCCCUGGCGUUCACCGACUUCCUGGUGGCUAUCCUGGUCAUGCCAAUCAGCAUCCUCUACAUUGCCACAGAGACCUGGUCAUUGGGCCAGGUGGUGUGUGAGGCCUGGCUAAGUGUGGACAUGACCUGCUGCACCUGCUCCAUCCUGCACCUGUGUGUCAUAGCGCUGGACCGCUACUGGGCUAUCACCAAGGCCAUCGAGUACGCCCGUAAGAGGUCGGCCCGCCGGGCAGCUGUCAUGGUGGGCAUCAUCUGGGUCAUCUCAGUCUUCAUAUCCAUUCCACCCCUCUUCUGGAGACACAGGCCCGGUAGCCACGGCCCAAAUCAGUGCAUCAUAGAGCAUGACCACGUGGGCUACACUAUUUACUCCACCUUCGGGGCCUUUUACAUCCCCAUGACCCUUAUUCUCAUCUUGUACUAUAGGAUUUACAAUGCUGCUAAGACGCUCUAUCAGAAACGGGGCUCAUCGCGGUACCUAAGCAGCCGAAGCCAGACGAAGACUGACAGCCAGAACUCUCUGAACCACUGCCGUGUGGCACACACCUUCUGCGUAUCGGACCUAUCCACCUCAGACCCCACUCUGGAGUUUGACAGGCUCAAUGACACCAUCCGUAUACCCUCAUUUGAGACAGAUAUGGAUGGGGCAGAUGAGAGGAACCAGAUCUGUACCUCCCGGGAGAGGAAGGCAGCACGUAUCCUGGGCCUCAUCCUCGGGGCUUUCAUCCUCUGCUGGCUGCCUUUCUUUCUGAAGGAGCUCCUUGUGGGCCUACAGGUCAUAACUGCCUCCCCUCAGGUAUCAGACUUCCUAACCUGGCUGGGCUACAUCAACUCACUUAUUAACCCUCUACUUUACACCAGCUUCAAUGAGGAUUUUAAGUUGGCCUUUAAGAAACUGCUCAGACGAAAGGAGCAUGCAUAGAUUUGCAGGCCCAGGUUGAACUUACAGAAUAGUCCCAUCAGGGAACAUAUGAAGGAAAGUUACAUGCAGUGUGUCCAUUGGCUAUGUGAUGUUGUGCUUUUCAAAAUAAAAAUAUUUUUUUUAAA